AUGCUGAACCUGUCAGAGGCUGGAUUUCUGCUCUUGGAGUUUACAGAGGUCUGGGAACUGCAGAUCCUAGUUUUUAUUGUGUUUCUGAUACUCUAUUUGGCAACAGUAGUUGGAAAUCUUCUCAUUGUCUUUGCAGUAGCUUUGGAUCAUCACUUGCACACUCCCAUGCACUUCUUUUUGAUGAACUUAGCCAUACAAGACCUUGGCCAAAUUUCAGUCAUUAUCCCCAAGUCCAUGUCCAAUUCUCUCAUGAAUACCAGACACAUUUCUUAUUCAGGAUGUGUUGCACAAGUUCUUUUCUUUCUCUUCUUUCUAGCAUCGGACAUCUCCCUUCUCACAGUCAUGGCAUAUGAUCGGUACGUUGCUAUUUGCAAACCUUUGCACUAUGACAUUGUGAUGAACAGAGGCGCCUGUAUCAAAAUGGUUGCUGGUUCAUGGACCAUUGGAUUUCUCUAUGGAAUGUUACACACCAGUGGCACCUUUGGAAUCCCCUUCUGCUCAAACAUUGUGAACCAGUUCUUUUGUGAAAUUCCACAGUUACUAAAGCUUGUCUGCACUGACUUAUACUUGAUUGAAAUUGGAGCUGUUGUACUAAGUAUUAGCAUUGUCCUUGGCUGCUUCAUCUUCAUUACUGUAACGUAUGUGCACAUCCUCAUUGUGGUUUUGAGAAUACCUUCUGUGGAGGGGAGGCAAAAAGCUUUUUCCACUUGCCUCCCUCACCUUAUUGUCUUCUCCACAUUAGUAAUCACUGGGUGCUUUGCCUACCUCAGGCCACCUUCCUCUACCACUGCAUCAUAUCUGGAUCUAAUCAUUAGUGUGAUCUACUCCAUCUUUCCACCCAUGUUAAAUCCAGUAAUCUACAGCAUGAGAAACAAGGAGAUCAAAGCUGCCUUGUCAAAACUAUUAGGUUUGGGGUAG